AUGAAUGAGAAUCCGUAUCACUCUGGAAUCCCUGCUCACACCAACUUGGCCACAUCACAAGCACAAGGUUCUGGUCAGCAGGUUACUCAGCACCAACCCAAUCAAUCAAAUUUCCAUCACCAACAAAUUCAGAAUCACGGACAUAUUCAUGAUCAUGGUCACAAUCACUUUCUUCAGCAAAAUCAAACCCAGCAAGUUCAACAUGAUAUGUAUAGCUACUAUCACGAUUCUCGUGAUAACUAUGAUAAUAACCAUACUAACUAUGAUCAUUCUCAGCGCCAUGGUAAUUCUCGCUAUCCCCCUGGCUUGACUCCUAACAGCCAGCAAAUUCAAAUUCAAACUCCACACUCAAACUCUCUUCAGACCUCCGAACAAAUUCAAGCUCACCAUCCACACGAGGCAAACACUCUUACCGCCGCCGGCACAAACAAUUUAACCGGCAUAGUCUUUCCUGGAGUGAAUCCACGCGUCGCUUCGGUUCGUGCACUGGAGUUGCAUCCAUCCGUUAUUAGACAAAUGAAUCAAAGUGUGGAAGUACCACUUCCUGGUCAGGCCAGCGGAACUACUUGUCCUGAAAACCACCCACCUAGAGUGACUCAGAAACGCAACACCGGCCGCCGUCGUCAAGAUCCACCACGAUCCGCACCCACAACUGCACCUACCAGCACAACUACACCGACUUCAACUCAGACACCGGCAUCUACAUCUACAAGAGCCAUUGUCAAUUUAUUUCUCCCUAAAUCGCUCAGAGGAGAACGAGAUAGUGAGAAAUCACCAUCAAUAAAUCUUCCAACAGCGGAAGAUAUGAUGAAGAGAUCUUCUGUCGAACUGCGAGCACUCGCUUCCAAGCACGCUAAGGGGUCUUCUGUACCACCAGCCUUGACCGAUCUCUUCAUGCGUUUGCACGAUGAGUUUGAUAAGGUACUGGCAAUAAACUGUAUAAAUAAUCAAGUUGCGGUUCCGGCGGUACAUAAACUAUGGGGUGUCAAAGAAUCACGGAAAGGGGCGCACAAAUACCAACGGUUUACUCAAAGCGAGGAGGUCCGAGAAAUGUAUCGAAAUGCGUCAGGUGUAGCAACCGGAGAAGGCUCAAAAUUAGCUUUGACUAGAUGGCGUGGAAUGUCACAAGCUGAGCAAGACUCUUACAAAGUCGAGAAUCAACCCAUUAACGAACCCGUGAAUGUAGCAUCCAGCUCCAUUGAAUCUGUACCCGAUGUCGAAUCCAAUAAUACUCGAGGCAAGAAUCAAUCUAUGGCAAGCGCGCGUGUUGCUGUAAAUAAUUUUAUGAUAAAGUGGCAAAUCGAGGCGAACAAUAUGUCUGCGACAUACAUGGGCGACUUCGUCAUGAUGGGUGUAUCGAACCACUUAGGCAACGAUGCCUACCAGGUUGUCCGAGCUACACCACGCGCUCUCAAAUGGGUGGAGCACGACAAGUUAUGCGACCCCCAAAAACACGUAGCCGCACAAUUACAAGCAUUUGUUACUGGCACUGAGGCUGGGCUACUCAACUUGAGUAAACUCAAAGUCGAUGAAAGAGCAAGAUGUCGAGAAGCCCUAUCGAAUCUGAUCAGCUUAAAGACAGAGGGUACUACAAACAAAUGGCUGUGGAAAGGAUGCGAGGAAAAGCUUGCCAUCGAAGGCUACUACGUUCACUUUGCCCCAGACUCCAAGUCUCAAGCCAGCGAUAUCAUGCAAGAUAGCAAUAAGCUGACCCCAACACAGGCUCGUAAUGUGUUAGCGGAUCUUGAACACAACAGGAUCCUUAUUCUAGAAACUGAAGCUGGGCCCACUCGAAAGACCAAACAAAAACGUCCCCAUCAUGACACACCUACAACUCCUCCGGUUGAUAACACACCUCCAGCAGAGGCGAUACCUAACGCUAGCAACACACCUCCCGCCGAACACUCAUCCAUUGAAACUUAA